AUGGAUAAAGAAAGACACGGGAUGCGGACUCAAUUAACGCACGGACUAAAAACUAGUAGAGUACCUACCCCGACAACAUAUCCGAGUGCGUCGACUCUACGAAUGAAUAAUAAGCAGCGGAUCGGCGCAGAAUCACAUUUGCAUACAAUAAUCGAAUCCUACGCAGAAUCCGCCUCGAGAAAAUCGCAGAGUCGACCAAUCGGAUGCUAG